UAUUUGAUAAAGUUCAGUUACUGUAAUAUGAUAUUUAUGACGAUAUAAUUUUCACCUUUUUUUUUUUUUAACAUUAUCACAUUGCAAACAGAAAAUGGAUGUGAUGAAGACUAUAGUGCCACGAAGUCCUGGACCUUGGGGCGGAUAUAGUGGAAAAGGUUGGGACGACGGAGUAUUUUCUACUAUUAAACAAGUGCACAUUUAUAUGAACUUGCAUAUCUCAGCUAUAUCAGGAAUUCAAAUUGAGUAUGAAAAGAAAGAUAAAACAUCAUUUUGGUCCCAACUUCAUGGUGGUCUUGGAGCUGGGAAUGAUACAGUAAGAAAGAUAAAUGUUGACGGUGAAAAUGAGUUAUUGAUUGGAAUUGAAGGAUUUUAUAGUCCGGUGGAUGAUAAUGGGGGCCUAGACGCAAUUAGACAGAUUGCAUUUUAUACAAAUAAAGGAAAAUAUGGACCCUAUGGAACUGAAAUUGGAACUUAUUUUAGCUCUUCAGCAGCUAGAGGAAAGAUCGUUGGUUUUCAUGGCAAAAGUGGUGUUUUCUUAAAUGCAAUUGGUGUUCAUAUGGAAUAUUUCUAAAUAUGUUGAUAGCAAAGGUAAUAAUGAAAAGUGGACACUCACAAUCAAAGCCUAGAUGUUAACAAUUGUAAUAUUUCUUGUUGUCUAUAAAAUUUUAUAUAUUGGAGAAACUUAGUGUGGCUUCGAAA